CAGUUAAAUGUAUAAGAGCACAUAUCUGACCAAGUCAAACCUUAAACAGUAAACUUCAUAUAGAAUGAACGCUUAAAUUAUAACUCAGAUAUCUCAAAUAAUGAAAGUUCCCUAACUGAUCUGAGUUUUAGUUAUGUGAUGCAUACCUUGUUCUCCAUGUCUACCCCUCAUCCACCAUUUAAAAAAAAAAAGGAAUUUCUAUGGAUCUCCCUCUAGGUUUAUAAUUAAGAACAGGGAUUGUUUGUCCUUGCAUUUGUAGUUUGCUCAUUGCUCAAUUCCCCUGUUUCCUGCAGGAGUCUUACAUUUAUUGCCUCUUCAUGGGGACUCCAAAGGAGGUGUACAAUACCUUAGAGGAGAAGUUGAAGAGGACUGUUUUUCUUGACAACCUCUCACCACAUGUUACUGCUGCUGUAUUAAAAUCUGCCCUGGGGCAGUUUGUGAAUGUCAUUGAGGUGCAGUUCAUUCCAAACUACAUGGGACCAAGCAACAUCCCACGGUGUGCCUUGGUGGAGUUGGAAACUGUAAAACAAGCCCAAAGCAUUGUUGAGGAGAUGACCAAUUACCCCUUCAUGAUGUCUGGGAUGCCAAGACCUGUGAGAGCAUGUGUUACUCAAAAAGAGAUGUUUGAUCGCCCCAAAAAAUCAGGUCUAGAUAUUCGGUGUCGUUGGGCGGAUCCUAUGGACCCAAACUUUGAGGUGGCAACAAAGGAGAAGGAUCUGAUCAAGAAACAUCAAGCAGAAGCUUCUCUGUUGAAGAAGGUAAAACUGUGUAUUCCCAUGCAUUCCAGGUUUCUUACAAUGAAAAACCAUGUUUUUCUUUUGCAGCUGGAACUGGAAGAAGAAGAGAAGCUAAUGAAGCAUCAGUAUGAGGUUCUUCAAGCGAACUACAAGAAAUUUGAGAUGAUUGAUAGUGUUGUAGCUGAUAAGACUCUCACUUGCCUUGCUUCUCGGUAUGGCAUGAGAAUGAAAGACGAUUGAUGCGAACCCAUCUCUUGCUUCCUCUGUAAAUAAUAGAAAACUGUACAAUCUCACAUUUAUAAUUAGCAAGCUUCUUCAACAUACAACCACACUGUUUGUAACUUGAGGAUGGCCAUGGCCAAGGACUAGUUUGUUGCUUCCCUCAUAUUUUGUAAGAUUGCCAUGGCACAGAGUUUGAUAUGGUUAUGUGGCUUAAUCCAUUUCCUUGCUGGUUUAAACUGAACA